AUGCAGGAGCUGCGUUUGCUCUGCUGGGCGGUCCUCCUGGGCCUAGCGCAGGCCUGUCCUGAGCCCUGCGACUGCGGCGAGAAGUACGGCUUCCAGAUCGCCGACUGCGCCUACCGCGACCUGGAGGCCGUGCCACCCGGCUUCCCUGCCAACGUGACCACGCUGAGCCUGUCGGCCAACCGGCUGCCAAGCUUGCCAGAGGGCGCUUUCCGGGAGGUGCCCCUGCUGCAGUCGCUGUGGCUGGCGCACAACGAGAUCCGUGUGGUGGCCGCCGGUGCCCUCGCCCCUCUGGGCCAACUCAGGAGCCUGGACCUCAGCCACAACCUCAUCUCCGACUUUGCCUGGAGCGACCUGCACAACCUCAGUGCCCUCCAGCUGCUCAAGAUGGACAGCAACGAGCUGACCUUCAUCCCCCGGGACGCCUUCCGCAGCCUUCGUGCCCUGCGUUCGCUGCAGCUCAACCACAACCGCCUGCACGCGCUGGCCGAAGGCACCUUCGCGCCUCUCACUGCUCUGUCCCACCUGCAGAUCAACGAUAACCCCUUCGACUGCACCUGCGGCAUCGUGUGGUUCAAGACGUGGGCCCUGACCACGGCCGUGUCCAUCCCGGAGCAAGACAACAUCACCUGCACUUCGCCCCACGUGCUCAAGGGCACGCCGCUGAACCGCCUGCUGCCGCUGCCUUGCUCUGCGCCCUCGGUGCAGCUCACCUACCAGCCCAGCCAGGAUGGUGCCGAGCUGCGGCCGGGCUUCGUGCUGGCCCUCCACUGCGACGUGGAGGGGCAACCGGCCCCCCAGCUCCACUGGCACAUCCAGACGCCCGGUGGCACCGUGGAGAUCACCAGCCCCAACGUGGGUGCCGACGGGCGUGCCCUGCCCGGGGCCCUGGCCGCCGGCGGCCGGCCUCGCUUCCAGGCCUUUGCCAACGGCAGCCUGCUCAUCCCAGACUUCGGCAAGCUGGAGGAGGGCACCUACAGCUGCCUGGCCACCAACGAGCUAGGCAGUGCGGAGAGCUCAGUAAACGUGGCACUGGCCACACCGGGCGAGGGUGGGGAGGAUGCGCUGGGGCGCAGGUUCCACGGCAAAGCGGCUGAGGGUAAGGGCUGCUACACGGUUGACAACGAGGUACAGCCCUCAGGGCCAGAGGACAACGUCGUCAUCAUCUACCUCAGCCGCGCGGGGGGCCCUGAGGCUGCAGCAGUGGGAGGAGGGGCCCCUGGGAAGCAGCCCCCCGGCCUGUUCCUACUAGGCCAGAGCCUCCUCCUUCUCUUCCUCACUUCCUUCUAG